GUCUCGAUUCUAUUCCAAACAGUAACUCAAUAACCUAACUGUAGUAAAUACCACAGUUUCCUCAUAGGUUCAACCAAACAAGGCCCAGACUGCCGUAUCCAAUUUUAGGCAACACUUCCUUCAUUCCCUUGUUUGCCCGCAAAAGGGAGGAUCUAAGUUUUUGGUAUGGAGAAAGAUUGUUUGUCCCAGUUUGAGAGUUGAGAGAGAGCAAGAAGAAUGAUGGAGGAGAGGAGCAAGAGGGUAAAAGGAAGAGUGGUUUUGAUGAAGAAGGGUUUCUUGGACUUCCAUGACAUCAAAGCCAACGUUCUUGAUCGAGUUCACGAGUUAUUGGGCAAGGGUGUCUCUAUUCAGCUCAUCAGUGCUACUUCUCCUGAUCCAGCUAAGGGUUUGCAGGGGAAGCAGGGGGAGGUGGCAUAUUUAGAGAAGUGGGUUUCCACCAUUUCUUGUCUGACAUCAGCAUCUGACGCAGAAUUUUGGGUUACAUUUGAUUGGGAUCAUGAGAAGAUGGGUGUUCCUGGAGCUUUCAUAAUCAGAAACCAUCACAAGAAUCAGUUCUACCUUAAGACAGUGAGCAUCGAAGGAAUUCCUGGACAUGGUCCUGUUAAUUUUGUCUGUAAUUCGUGGGUCUACCCUGCUCAUCGUUAUACCCAUGAUCGUGUCUUCUUUUCCAAUAAGGCUUAUCUUCCAUCUGAAACACCUGGGCCACUGCGUAAGUGGAGAGAACAAGAACUAAAAGUCCUUCGAGGAAAAGGGGUGGGAAAGCUUGAUGAGUGGGACAGAGUAUAUGACUAUGCAUGCUACAAUGAUUUGGGAACUCCAGAUGAUGGUCCUUACUAUGAACGCCCAGUUCUCGGAGGAUCAAAGUUUCCAUAUCCACGCAGAGGGAGGACUGGUCGUCCACAUACCAAAACAGACCCCAAAACCGAGUCAAGAUUGCAUCUGCUAAAUCUAAAUGUUUAUGUGCCGAGGGAUGAACAAUUUGGCCACGUCAAGUUUUCAGAUUUUCUAGCCUACUCACUGAAAUCAGUUGCCCAGGUUUUGCUUCCGGAGAUUAAAUCUUUGUGUGACAAAACUAUUAAUGAGUUUGACACUUUUGAAGAUGUACUUAGUAUUUACGAGGGAAGUAUUAAGAUGCCGAAUGGACCUAUUGCGAGUAAACUUCGAGAACUUGUUCCUUACGAGAUAGUAAGAGAACUUAUGAGAAAUGAUGGCGAGAGAUUCCUUAAAUUCCCUGUGCCCGAUGUGAUCAAAGAAAGCAAGACUGCAUGGAGAACAGAUGAUGAAUUUGGCAGGGAAAUGCUUGCAGGGGUUAACCCUGUCAUUAUUCGUCGUCUCCAAGAAUUUCCCCCAGCCAGCAAAUUAGAUCCCCAACUCUAUGGAGAUCAAACUAGCUCCAUCAGGGAAGCACACAUAGAAAAUAGUUUGGACGGUCUCACAAUAAAUGAGGCAAUUCAAAAAAUGAGGUUAUUUAUAUUAGAUCAUCACGAUGCAUUGAUGCCAUACAUAAGUAGAAUAAACUCUACGAACACAAAGACCUAUGCCUCUAGAACGCUAUUGUUUCUACAAGAUGAUGGUACACUAAAGCCACUGGCUAUAGAGUUAAGUUUACCUCAUCCACAAGGGGAACAAUACGGAGCUGUAAGCAAAGUUUUUACUCCGGCACAAGAAGGAGUAUCGGCUACAGUGUGGCAGUUGGCAAAAGCUUAUGCAGCCGUGAACGAUUCAGGAUAUCAUCAAUUGGUUAGCCACUGGUUAUACACUCAUGCAGUAAUUGAACCAUUCAUAAUAGCCACACAUAGACAACUAAGCAUUCUUCAUCCAAUACACAAGCUCUUGAAGCCACAUUUCAGGGACACAAUGCAUAUAAAUGCCUUAGCUCGACACACACUCAUCAAUGCUGGAGGGGUGCUUGAGAAAACAGUUUUCCCUGGUAAAUUUGCCUUGGAAAUGUCAGCUAUUAUAUACAAAAGUUGGGUAUUCACCGAGCAGGCGCUUCCUGCUGAUCUUCUUAAGAGGGGAAUGGCAGUUCCUGAUUCAAGUUGUCGUCACGGACUCAGGCUUGUGAUAGAGGAUUAUCCGUUUGCCGUGGAUGGGUUAGAAAUUUGGGAUGCAAUUGAAACUUGGGUGACUGAGUAUUGUAACGUGUAUUACACAUCUAAUGAGAAGGUUGAGGGUGACUACGAACUACAGAAUUGGUGGAAAGAAAUACGUAAUGAGGGUCACGGAGACUUAAAAGAUAGGAACUGGUGGUCAGAGAUGAAGACGAAAGAGGAGUUGAUUCAAUCAUGCACCAUUAUCAUCUGGUUGGCUUCUGCUUACCAUGCAGCUGUGAAUUUUGGACAGUACCCUUUUGCUGGGUACCUCCCCAACCGUCCAACAGUGAGUCGUAGGUUCAUGCCUGAGCCAGGUACUCCAGAGUACGAGGAGCUGAAGUCAGACCCUGACUUGGCAUUCUUGAAAACAAUCACUGCCCAGUUCCAAACCCUCCUUGGUGUGUCACUGAUAGAAGUUCUGUCCAGACACUCUACUGAAGAGGUUUACCUUGGACAAUGUGAAAACCCUGAAUGGACUUCAGAUGCUGAAGCAUUGGCAGCAUUCGAGAGUUUCAGACAAAAGUUGUUGAAAAUCGAAAGCAAUAUUAUGGAAAGGAACAAGAACAAUAGAUUGAAAAACAGAAAUGGACCAGUGAAGAUGCCUUACACACUUCUCUAUCCCAACACUUCAGAUUAUUCGAAGGAGGGUGGACUCACUGGCAAGGGAAUCCCCAACAGUAUAUCCAUCUAAUACACCUUCCUAUUUAAAUCUCUUUCAAGCCGUGUGUAAACAAUUUGCGUAGUUUAUCGUCAUUUUUAUGUCAA